UUGACUCAUCAAAUUUUUUAGGUCAACUGACCAGAAAAUGGCCGUGAAAUUCGUUCUCUUGCUGCUGUUUGCUUCAGUUUACUGUCGUCCUUCUCUUCCACAAAGCAACCUUUAUCCUCAACUGGAUGUAGUUCACUGCCCCAAUUCUGAGGACCUCUGCCCGGCUAAUAAUACGUGUUGCCGUCUUACCCCGGAGCUCUGGGGAUGCUGUCCACACAUAGACGCUUACUGCUGCUCUGAUAAGCGCCACUGCUGUCCUCGUGGCCAUCCUUGCUCCGCGGACUCCUUGAACUGCUCGGACUCUACUACAACCUUCCCUUCCGUUUUGAUGAGUUUUAAAAGGCAAAGAAACAGAAAUAAACCCUUCUUUGAAAGUAAAAUUUCAGAUACAUUAUCACAAGUUGCCGUUAAUGUGAAUUGCACUCCUCCUGGUUCAAAAGAGAGCUGGCAGUGUCCUGCCGAUCAUACGUGCUGCUAUAUUUCAACCACUAGGAGAUAUGGUUGCUGUCCAAUAGUACCUGCAACUUGCUGCCCUGAUGGAAGAGGAUGCUGUCCAUCAGGAUACACUUGUGACCUAACCGAUAAUACAUGCACUCCACCAAAAGACUCACUUGCAACACUGGCACCGACUCUAAUUGACGUGAGACCUAGACCCACCAACGUUACUGAUAUAAUUUGUCCCAAUGGGAUAAAUCAAUGUCCUGAUGGUGAAACCUGCUGUCGGGUGAGCAGUGAUGAUUUCGGGUGCUGUCAUUUUUCCAAUGCUGUCUGCUGUGCUGAUAUGAAGCACUGCUGUCCUAGCGGAUAUAUGUGUAGUCCGAAUGACGGUAACUGUAUAAGGUCUCAAGUGGCUAUACUUAAGAAGAAACCUGCAAUUAGCAUAUCCUUCACUAACGUGACUGAAGUCCAUUGUCCUGAUGGUAAAGUAUGUCUCGAUGGCAAUACUUGCUGUCAGACCCUCUCUGGUAGCUAUGGUUGCUGUCCUAGGGAAGAUGCUGUUUGUUGUGCUGAUAGAGUUCACUGCUGUCCUCAUGGCACUGAAUGCAAAAGUGAUGGCACUUGCACUAGGACCAAUGAGGUAAAGAAGACCCUGAAACUUGAUUCAGUUAAGUGUCCUGAUGGUGGAGUUUGUCUUGAUGGUGAAACUUGUUGUCGAGAAAGUGGUUAUAAAUAUGGUUGUUGUUCUUAUCCUGAUGCUACCUGUUGCUCUGAUGGAAUCCAUUGCUGUCCCUCAGGAGAGAUAUGUGACGUAGCUCGUGGGACUUGUUUUUAUGGAGGCUCUGCUAAAGCAAUGAUGAAGAAACUGUCAUUCUUGAGGUCACCAAUUAAAGUUAAAAAUGUGGUUUGUCCUGAUGGAGGAAGCUGUCCUGAUGAUAAUACAUGUUGUCUAACUGGUGACAAUAAGUAUGGGUGCUGUCCUCAACCUAAUGCUAACUGUUGCGCUGAUAAAGUCCAUUGCUGUCCUUCAGGCUAUUCUUGUAAUGUAGCUGAUGGUACUUGUACUAGAGGGGUCUCUGUUGUACCAAUGAUGAAGAAAUUGUCAUCCUUGAGGUCACCAUCUGAUGUAAAAAAUGUGGUUUGUCCUGGUGGGAGGCAGAAGUGUCCUGAUGACAAUACUUGCUGUGAAUUGGAAUCUGGUAGCUAUGGUUGCUGUCCUAGACCAGAUGCUGUUUGCUGUGCUGAUAAAACUCACUGCUGUCCUAAUGGCUAUACGUGCCAGAACGAUGGUACCUGCAAGAAAGACACGAAAGUCUAUGAAGCACUGGCAGUUGUGAAACUUGAUUCAGUUAAGUGUCCUGAUGGUGGAGUUUGUCUUGAUGGUCAAACUUGUUGUCGAGAAAGUGGUUAUAAAUAUGGUUGUUGUCCUUAUCUUGAUGCUACCUGUUGCUCUGAUGGAAUCCAUUGCUGUCCCUCAGGAGAGAUAUGUGACGUAGCUCGUGGGACUUGUUUUUACGGAGACUCCGCUAAAGCAAUGAUCAAGAAACUGUCAUUCUUGAAGUCACCAACUAAAGUUAAAAAUGUGGUUUGUCCUAAUGGGAGGCAGGAGUGUCCUGAUGACAAUACUUGUUGUGAAUUGAAAUCUGGUAGCUAUGGUUGCUGUCCUAGAGCAGAUGCUGUUUGCUGUGCUGAUAAAAUUCACUGCUGUCCUAAUGGCUACACGUGCGAGAACGAUGGUACUUGCAAGAGAGACUCGAAAGUCUAUGAAGCUCUGGCAGUUUUGAAACUCAAUACAGUUGACUGUCCUGAUGGGGGAAGCUGUCCUGAUAAUAAUACAUGUUGUCUAACUGGUGUAGAUAAGUACGGGUGCUGUCCUCAACCUAAUGCUGUCUGUUGCGCUGAUAAAGUCCAUUGCUGCCCUAAAGACUUUUCUUGUAAUACAGCUGAUCAUACUUGUACUAAGGGGGUCUCUGUUAUACCAAUGAUGAAGAAGCUUCCAACGUUGGGCUCACCUACUAAAUUAAAAGGGGUUGUAUGCCCUAAUGGAAAGAAUGAGUGUCCUGAUGGUAGCACUUGCUGCAGUAAAGGUGAUGCAGGAUAUGGCUGCUGCCCUUUGGCUAAUGCUGUUUGCUGUGCUGAUCAAACCCAUUGUUGUCCUAAUGGUUUCUCAUGUGAUGCAAGUAAUGGUACCUGUGUCAAGGAAGCCCCUGUAUUCUCAGCCUUACACAAAGUCUUUCAGCCUCUGUAUAAUAGUAAAGUCAAAGAAAAUGUCUGCCCUGAUGGUCAAAGUGAAUGCUCUGAUAUUAAUACAUGCUGUAAGACCGAUACAGGAAAGUAUGGCUGCUGUGAGUUACCUCAAGCUACCUGCUGCUCUGAUAUGAAGCAUUGCUGUCCAAGUGGUUACAUUUGCAAUUCUGAUGGCUCCUGUAAUAGGCAGGAUUCCUUUAUACAAAUUGAAGCAGUUCUCAUUAAGAAUAAGGUAAAGGAUGUCACUUGUAGCGAUGGCAAUACAUCGUGUAAAAAUGAUCAGACUUGCUGUCUUCUUAAAGAUGGACGCUAUGGUUGCUGUAACCUCACUGAUGCUAAUUGCUGUGGCGAUGGGAUACAUUGCUGUCCAAAUGGUUACUCGUGUGACGUGGCAAAAGGCACGUGUGUAAAAGAAGCAUCUGUCAUACCAAUACUAAAGAAAAUGAUGUCAGUGUCUACUCAAGUAAAGGAUGAUAUAAAAUGUCCUGAUGAUACGGUUUGCUCUGACAAUAACACUUGCUGUAAAGCAAAGUCUAAUUCGUUUGGUUGUUGUCCUUCACCUAAAGCUACCUGUUGUGCUGAUGAGAUCCACUGCUGUCCUAGUGGCACAACUUGCGAUCUUGAAGGCCAUACCUGCAGGGUCUCAGAAGCAAAGCAUCAACCAUUACUUCAUGUUGGGAGUAUGAAGAAACCAGUCGUCGUUAAUGUUGUGUGUCCUUCUGUUCCAGGCCACGAGGAGAAGGAGUGCUCUAGUAACAGCACGUGCUGCUUGAUGUCUGAAGGCAAUUAUGGUUGCUGCCCUUUUCCGAAUGCUGUCUGCUGUGAUGACAAGAAGCAUUGCUGUCCUUUUGAUUAUGCAUGUAACCCUGAUGAUGGAACAUGUACAGACAAAUCCAAAGGAUUCCUUUACACCAUCCCUCCUACAAGGAUGAGCUACAAGAGGCCUCUCCUGUAAGUAUCAUGACAAUAGCUUGCUGUCAUUAUAUGUUGCUAUUGCUGUAUAAAUUUGUUUUCUCCCCAUAUUGCUACAUGCAUUAUACUCCUUAUUAAUAAUUUAUUGUGAUUCAGUCUCAAUUCAUUGCUAGUAUAAUUUGUUGCUUUUUUCUUAAGGAUACAAUUUUGUUGUAAAUACUUCAA